AUGAAGCAAAAGCCGUUCGAUGGCACCGCCAGCGGCGUCUCCACGUGCGUCACGGGCUCGAGCCGCUCGGCCGAGGCCAUCGCCGACGCCGACCCAGUGCUGGAGGAGGCGCCCUCCGGGUCGCACGCGCCGUCGCUCAGCUCCUCGUGCCUCUCGUUCGCCUCGAGGAAGCUGCGGAGGAGGCGCUCGCACAGCCGCGUGCCGCUCAUCUCGGUCACGUCGCUCUACAACCGCCUGCAGACGUCGGGCGUCGUGCUGAUCGACUGCCGCAAAGGCGCCGAGUUCAUGGCCGGCCACCUCCCGGACGCGCUGCACUGCCCGCACAUCCACACGGGCCCGCACCUGACGGCGCUCAGCUGCGCCGGACAAAUGGCCAAGACGGUGGAGGACGUAGUGGAGCUCACGGAGAACGACAAGCUGCGCGAGAAGCUCGAGCGGAGGGACCUCAUUGAAGUGGUAGUCAUCGGCGGCAACCACACGGGCGCGUCCUUCCUCUACCGGAUGGACUGGGGCUACCGCUUCGCCAAGAUGCUCAUGGAGGAGGGCCGCGUCUUUUCGGUCCGGUUCUUGGCGCAGGGCUUCCCUGCGUUCGCCAAGAAGUACAGCUUCAUGCUCGUGUCGUCACCCUGGACUCUGCGGGAUUCACAGGAGGAGAACGACAGCGACAGCAACACAAGGAAGCAGGAGCAGCAGGAGGCAUCGGUGAACGCAGUGGCCAGUCCCACUUCGUCCAUGCACUUCCCGAACGAAAUCGUGGACGGGUUCCUGUACCUGGGCAACUUCUGGCAGGCCAACUCGGCCGAGGUGAUCGACGCGCUGCAGAUCACGCACGUGGUCAACAUGGGCGCCAUCACCGACCAGCGCAACAAGUUCGACCACGUCGAGUACCUGGAUGUGGCCAUCAAGGACAAUGUGGACGUGGAUAUCGCGCAGGAGUUCGGACCCACUAUCGAUUUCAUCCAGAAGGCGGCCGAGGAGAACGGCCGCGUGCUCAUCCACUGCGUGCAGGGGGUCUCGCGCUCGUCCACCAUCUGCAUCUGGUACGUCAUGCUCAAGACCAAGUGCACCCUCUCGGCCGCCUACAGCCACGUGCUCAAGUGCCGGCCCCUUAUUUUCCCCAACCGAGGCUUCAUGGCGCAACUGAUUGCCAACGAGCGCCAGCUCUACGGAGACCAGAGCGUCGCCGAGGAGGAGCUGGACAUGCUCCAGAAUGGCCUCUUGCCGCCGGUGGACCGCAGCGGCUCGGCGCUGUGCCAGACUUUCCUCCCGUAA